AUGAAUAAGAAAUGUCAACCAACCUCUCCUUACCUUGUCUUCCGCCUGACAUCACACCCACAUCGACACGCUCUCGGCUGCUCCGUCUGCCAUGGCUCCCAUCCUCUCCUCAUCUUCGGCGGUGCGUCGAUUGGCUACGCGUACGACAGGCCCGAGGCCGUGUCGGAAUUGCUCAGGACGCUCCGGUCGCUGGGCAUCACCCGGGUCGACACGGCUGCUCGCUACCCACCAACUAACCCCGGGGCUUCCGAGCGCCUCCUGGGCGAGGCUGGAGCGGCCACACAGGGCUUUGACCUGGACACCAAGAUCCUUUGCUGGGGCGACGGCUCAGGCACUCUCGAACCUGCCGCCAUCGAGAAAUCGCUCCACGAGAGCCGUCGGCGCCUGCAAUCCAAAGGUCUCCUGGAGGAGCAAGCCGCCGGUCUGAAUGCUCAAUACAAAAGGGGUCUCUUCAACAAGCUCGGCGUGUCCAACCUUUCCCCAGAGAUGCUAUCCGAGUUUCUCGGCAUAUGCGACGACAAGGGCUUCGACAGGCCGAGCGUGUAUCAGGGGCAGUACAACUUGAUAUUCCGUGGAAUCGAGACGACGUUGUUUCCAACCCUCCGCAAGCACGGAAUGACUCUUAAUGCUUACAGCCCUUUGGCUGGAGGCUUCCUCAGCGGUCGGCUCUCUGCCGGAGAGACCGAGGGUACCCGCUUUGCAGAGGGAAACAUCAUGAGCCACAAGACAAUCGAACCCCUGGCAAUCUCCAACAUCGAGGCGAGCAUGCGCUGGAUCAGCUCUCACUCUGCUCUUGGGCCCGAUGAUGGCGUCAUCCUUGGAGCGAGCAAGCCGUCGCAGCUGGAGCGGAACCUCGAGGGCAUUGCCAAACACAAAACUCUCAACUUAUCCCCGGAGAGCCAGCAAUGGGAGUCCCCGAACCUUCAGCUGCAACACCAACCUUGCAAUUGUUCAGGCCGUGCGUGCAAGCAGUGGGACAAUCGCGAAAUCGCCCGACGGAAAGGAACACUGCUCGACUUUGUGUUUCUCAGCGAUGCGACCUGA